GCAGAUGUGCUGCCAUGUUACUGAAACGGUGAUUUUAUUGAACUAAAAAAUCGACGUCAAAAAAAGUCAAACAAACAUGUCUGUCUUCGAUACCUACAUAAUGUCUGUCUGUCAGUUUCACAUAAUGGCGGAGGCCGUACUAUGUUUGUAAAGAGUGUGUACUGGUGAUGUAUUUAUUGGAACAAAUAGAUCCGAAAGCAUGCACGCAUUGUGAAUUGUCCUUGUGUAUGUAUAGAUCGAGCGUGAGUGUAGGCGUCUUUGCGGGAGAGCGUGGAGGCUGCUGGCAGGUGUAGAAAAGCUCGUUGGCUCGCCGUUUCGCCGCUAAGCGGCCGCCUCACCGCGUCGCCGCGCUGGCGGUCAUGGAGACACGCGACUGGUAGGAGGAGGGCACGCGGCGCCCGGCGCGGGAAUGGGCGCGCAGCAGGCGAAGGAGCGCGGCACGGCCAGCGGCGCAUCCAUGCGAGCCGCCCGCAGCAAGCCGCGCGUGCCGAAGGACCCCCGCACGCUGGGCUCCAACAUAUUCACUGAACACAGCGAGGCGCUGCUGCAGAGUCGGCCGCUACCACACAUCCCGGACCUGCCGGACGGCGAGCUGCCAUCCGCCGCCUCCGCGCCUGCGCCGCAGCCCAUCGACACAGCCAACAGAUGGACGUCGAAGGAGAACUUGCUAGCGCACGCGGAGGAGGACGACCCGCAGCUGUUCGUGGCGUUAUACGACUUCGCGGCCGGCGGCGACAACCAGCUCAGCCUCAAGAAAGGCGAGCAGGUGCGCAUAAUGAGCUACAACAAGAGCGGCGAGUGGUGCGAGGCGCACACGCUGGGCGGCAGCGUGGGCUGGGUGCCGAGCAACUACGUGACGCCGGUCAACUCGCUGGAGAAGCACUCGUGGUACCACGGGCCCAUCUCGCGCAACGCCGCCGAGUACCUGCUCUCCUCCGGAAUCAACGGCAGCUUCUUGGUGCGCGAGUCGGAGUCGAGCCCGGGGCAGCGGUCGAUCUCGUUGCGGUACGAGGGGCGCGUGUACCACUACCGCAUCAACGAGGACUCGGACGGGAAGGUGUACGUGACCUCCGAGUCCAAGUUCGGCACGCUGGCCGAGCUGGUGCACCACCACUCGGUGCUGGGCGACGGGCUGAUCACGCAGCUGCUGUACCCCGCGCCGAAGCGCGACAAGCCCACCGUGUUCCCGCUGGCGCCGCCCGACGAGUGGGAGAUCGACCGCACCGACAUCGUCAUGAAGCACAAGCUGGGCGGCGGGCAGUACGGCGACGUGUACGAGGCCGCAUGGAAGCGCUGCAACAUCACCGUUGCAGUGAAGACGCUGAAGGACGAUACAAUGGCGCUAAAGGACUUCCUGGAGGAGGCGGCCAUCAUGAAGGAGAUGCGGCACCCCAACCUGGUGCAGCUGCUGGGCGUGUGCACGCGGGAGCCGCCCUUCUACAUCAUCACGGAGUUCAUGUCGCGCGGCAACCUGCUCGACUACCUGCGGUCGGCGGCGGCGCGCGACCGCGUCGACGCCGUCGCGCUCAUGUACAUGGCCACGCAGAUCGCCUCCGGCAUGAGCUACCUCGAGAGCCGCAACUUUAUCCACAGGGACCUGGCGGCGCGCAACUGCCUGGUGGGCGAGGGGCACCUGGUGAAGGUGGCGGACUUCGGGCUGGCGCGGCUGAUGCGCGACGACACAUACACUGCGCACGCCGGCGCCAAGUUCCCCAUCAAGUGGACGGCGCCCGAGGGGCUCGCGUACAACACCUUCAGCACCAAGUCCGACGUGUGGGCCUUCGGCGUGCUGCUCUGGGAGAUAGCCACGUACGGCAUGUCGCCGUACCCCGGCGUCGACCUCGCCGACGUGUACCACAUGCUCGAGAAGGGUUACCGCAUGGAGUGCCCGCCAGGCUGCCCGGGUGCCGUGUACGAGCUGAUGCGCGGCUGCUGGCAGUGGAGCCCCGCCGACCGCCCCACCUUCCGCGAGAUCCACCACGCGCUCGAGCACAUGUUCCAGGACCACUCCAUCACAGAGGAGGUGGAGAAGCAGCUGCAGGAGGGCGGCGGCGGCACGAGCGCGGGCGGCGGGGGCACGCCCCAGAUGUCGCUGAAGAAGGCUGUCGGCGCCGGCGGCGGGAGCGGCGCCGACCGCGGUGUGCAAAUGCGCCGCCCCACCAACCGCCGCGGCAAGCAGGCGCCCACGCCGCCCAAGCGCACCAGCCUGCUGUCGUCGUGCAGCUCGUUCCGGGAGUCGCAGUACGCGGCGGAGGAGGGCGCGGGGGCAGCCGCGGGCAGCGAGCAGCAGGGGCACGCGCACGCGCAUUCGCUCGCUUCGCUCAACGGCGGGGCGCGGGAGGCGCGGGAGGCCCGCGAGGCGUCGUCGGAGGGCUCGCUGGCGGAGGCGACGCCCGACACGGACGACAGCGGCGCCGGCGAGCCGCGCCGCAGCAAGCGCCGCCACCACCACGACCCGCACCUGCACAAGGGCGUGCAAGUCGCGGCUUUGGAAGUUCAGAACGUGAAACGUGCCAUCAAUCGCUACGGCACAUUACCAAAGGGAGCGCGCAUCGGCGCGUACCUGGAGUCGCUGCGGCAGAGUGGCGGCGGCGGGCCGGCCGGCGCACCGCCGGCGGGCGCCGGCUCCGCGGCGGACGAGGCGCGCUCGCUAUCGCCGCGCACGGCGCGCGCGCAGCCGCACAUGAUCCGCUCCAACUCGUCGGGCGGUGUAACGGCGCCGGCGCCCGCGUCCCCCCGCGCCGCCCGCGCCGCGCCCCCGUUGCGUUCAUUUACGGGCAGCCCAGCGCGCCCCCGCCCGCGCCCUGCCGAGCUCGAGUUCCCCCCGCCGCCGCCCGACCUGCCCCCCCCACCCGAUGACGCACAGCCACCGCCGCCGCCGCCCCCCGACCGCGACAUCGCCGCCGCCCCCCCCGACCACCACCACGCGCCGCCGCCGCCGCCCGAACACGCCGACAAACCCGCCAAAAGAGCGAUGAAAGAAAUGCUCGAAUUGAAGUUAGUAGCAGAAAUUAAGGAGCGCGCCGAUAAGAAGCACAAAUUGCGGGAUUCACCCCCCGCUGUGUUCGAACUCAUGGAAAGUGGAUCGUCACUUGCAGAGCGCGACCGUGACCGCGACCCCGUGACGCGGCUCGUGAGCGAGCUGUCGGAGAGCCUCAACUUGGAGCCGCGGCGCAGCGGCGGGGCGGUGGCGUCGCCCCCGGAGGCGCGGCCCGCCCCGCGCCGCGGCGCGCGCACCCGCCUCGACGACCGCGACCCGCACGCCGGCGCACCUGCGCCCGCCGAUUAUAAGGCACAACUUAAAAAAGUAGACACAAACAAAAUCAACAAUCCUAAAGAAGAGGAUGCGGCUCAAACGAUUAUCGAUUUCAAAUCUCGAUUACGAAAGGUCGACAGUAACACGCCCGCCACUAACGGAACUACUAAGAAAGAAAAUACUUCGCCCGAUGAAAAAUUUUUAAAGAAGGAUUCAAAAAGUGAUGACUCUGAUAGAAAACAAUCAGAGAGCGGCUCGUUAGACACCAGUGCAGGAGAUGAUGAAGAUAAAAGACGAAGUACAGGCAGCAUCAGCAGUCUUAAAAAAUUAUGGGAAAAUAAGGAAAGCGACGAACGUCUCAGUCCUAAAUUGAAACCGCGCAGUGAAGAGAGCGCGGAGACAUCGCCGGAGGAGCGCGGCGGCGGGGGCGGCGCGGGGGGAGUGGCGCGCAGCAGCAGCCUCAACUGUCGGCGAGAGGAAAAGCCCGCCGUGCCCAACAAGCCGCAGGUCAAAACCAAGCCGCUCGGCAAGGGCGGCAUCUACGCCACGCCGCUGCCGGCCGGCGCUGGCGCCGACGACGCCGACGAGGAAGAGGCGCUAGCGGCGCUGCGCUCUUCGCUGGAGUGGUGCGCGGGCGCGGUGGGCGGCGGCGGGGCAGGUGGCGGCGCGGGGCGCGGCUCGCUGUGGCGGCUGCAGACGUCGGAGCGGCUGGCGCGGCUGGGCGCGCAGUGCGCAGGCGCGGCGGGCGGAGCAGGCGUGCCGCCGCAGCGCCGCGUGCAGCUGCGCGCCGCCGCCCGCCGCCUCGAGGCCGAGGCGCGUGCGCUCGCAUCCUCCGCGCGCCCGCACGACCCCGCCUCGCUUGACCAGGCGCUCCGAGACCUCGCAGACAUCGUGCACAGGUAAACAGCCCACGGCCGCGUCGUGUCUCGACACCCUACCCGCAUGGACGUCGAUGAUAACAUAAUUAACACUCCUUUAGUCACAAAAUCGAGUGAGGAUGCGACAAAUGAAAUCAAUAUCGUAUAUUUUGACUCUUCCCGUAAUUAUAAUAUCGCAUUAUUCCAAUUCCAAGUAACCCAAUGUUUAAAUAACUUAGCGUUUAUUUUGAGUGCCAAAUACGUGUACAGUCCCCGGCCGCGCCGCACCCCGCCGCCUCGCGUCGGUGUGCCGUGUACUGGCCUUGAUUAGCAUUUACUUUGACCACUUAUUAUUAGUUCACUCAGCGAGACAGGCCCGGCGCAGGCGCGCCCACUUGUGACCCACUUCAUGCUAGCUACGAAAUGUAGUGUAGUACUAUACAUUCAGAACCUAAGCUUGCUAGUAAUGAGUUUAUCAAUUUUUCGUUAUCAUUCCUGUGCAUGUGUGAGUUGUUGUGCGCACGUAUGAGGCUGCAGGCUGCGGGGCUGCGACGGGCACAGUGGAGGCGCGUGCGCCGGUUUCCGCGUCGUGUCGGGCACUAUACCUACUCGACGUGACUUUAUAUUUAAGUUAGCGUACUGUGAUACGGCUUGUAGAAUUUCGUAUAAUUAUGCUCAAUAUUUCCUUUCUAUAUUUUUAAGUAAUCGAACAGAAUUAUACCUCUUAAGUAUUUUAUGGAAAUGAUAUACAUAUUACUGUACGUUCGAUGACAAUUGAAUAGAUAAGAAACCAUUUUAUUAAAAGUAUUUAAGUAUAACACUGAUGUAUGCUAGUCUUUAUUAUACUAAAUGUAUUUCGUUGUAAGACUAAAUAAAUACGUAAGUUCUGUAAUAGAUUCGCGUACUAUCUUUAAAAUUACCUAUUUUGUAUCUAUUGUACGAUUAAGAGUUUUGUACUGCGAAAGGAGGCGGCGCCCGGCAGCCGUCUGGUUGGAUCGAAUUUAUCCGAGAGCAAACACGGGCCCGCGCCACGCCGUGCCGCCUCACGCUGGCGACACAUACCAAGCAUCUUUGGCGUCACUACUGCAUUAUUUCAAAAGCAUAUUACACUUACGUUAUAUAGAUGGAGUGUGCGCCCUCUGUGUAAUGUUGAGUAACGCUGGUGAGGCGGCGCCGGCAGGGCGCGCUCGCGCGUGCGCAGACAGUGGCGGUGACGCCCCCGCGCGGCUCCCCUGCUCAUUGACUGCAUUUAAUUGUUGUUGUGGAUUGUGGAUCAAGACAUAUAUUAAAAAAUGACGUACAUUGUUAACGGUAGCCUCAGGGGAGCAGUUGCCAAAAAGGUUCUGUUAACUUUUGGUGUGUAUAUUCGUAUACUAAAAUUUCGUAGACAAUACCAUCCGUAAAUCUUUCCUACAUUAAAAAUGUGAUUUAUUUAUUUAAUUUUAGGACAAAUUUUCAUUUCUGUCGUUGUUCGUAGUAAAUUGGCCCAGUCUCACAAAACCAUUCGGGCGAGUAGACUUUAAGAAAUUAUAAUAAAUGUAUACUCGCCUCAGUGCUUGGAAAACAACAGACAACUUUCAUCCACCUCGCCCCCGGGCCGCCGGGUAUCGUCAACAAUGAACGAAAAAUAUUAGAUCACAGACGACGAAACUGUUCAAUAGGACACUUUGUGAUGCGUAUGUUAGAAAAACUAAACUUUACACAAUAUCGAGCCAACGAGCCCACCCGCGGACGCGACGGUGUAUUACUCCGCCUCGGUGCUUGAUCCGCUUGAAAACUUCAAGGGCAAACCUAAUAUAAUGUGAAAUCAUCAUUGCCCAAAAAAUAAACCGGAAGACAGUAUUUUUGUUGUCAUAUUUUUUGCCUUAUUGUAAGUUAUUACGUAUAAGCUUUUAUAAUGGUUCACAUUUCAUGUUAAGGAAAUCAUGUUUAUACAAUUUCUAUAAGUAAAUAUAGUAGGUACUUACAGGAAUGUCUAAAGUAUCUCUCUUUCCAUCUCACUCUAAUGUGUCUACUAAAAAUAAAACUUACUAGACAUUUAUUUUAAAAUGCUAUUUUCGUAAUAUUUUGGAAUAAUGAUGUAUUUCCUUAUUGCAUUUAGUGUAAACUCUUGCAGUUUUUGAGUUGAUGCCAUAGUUUGUUGUAUGCGUUGUGUGGACGAGCCGCGCGCGGUGACUGCGGAGCGGGCAGCCGCGGGAGAUAGUCUGCGCCACACUUGCUUGCUUCACCCUUCCUUCCUUCAUGUAUCAGUCAGUGCAGGUGCACCGAUUCCCGCGCCGCCGCGCCGGCGUGCUCCACCACGUUGUUGGUAAAAUCUUUCGCUUACAUUUUGGACGCUUUGCAUCCCAUAUUUAUAAUAAAUAAGUAUGUAAUAAAAUCCAAAGAUAGAAAAAAAUGCAUUCAGCUCAUGUCCAAUUGUAUGGAAUUAAAAUGUUUUUCAUUAA